AAUCUCUCUCUCUCUGCAAUCGUCACUGCUCAUCAGCAGUACCUCGAAAAAAGCAGAAGAUCCCAAGAAAAGAAACAGAAAGGAUUAAAAAAAGGAAAAAAGAAAAAAUCCAACCGUCGAUCGAGAGAGAGAGAGAGAGAGAGAGAGAGAAAUGGCGAUGCGAGACCUCGUGACUGGAGGAGCUGCUUGUGCCGUACCAGGCGCUCCAUCUUCUUCUUCAAAUCCCCUUGGCACCCUCGCAAACGCCCUAAUCGGCUCCUCUACCAAGACCCAGGAAAGAUUGAAUGAACUUCCUGGAACGACGCUUACGGGUCCUGAUGGUUCUCAUGACUAUAGGACUGAAGGUCCUUUGACAACACUUCCGGGAUCUGAGACCGAGCAUCAACAGUUUCAGCAUCCAAAUGCCCAAAACUCAGAAUUCCUCCACAGCUUCAGACUUCAUGAAGGUCUUGCAGAUGCUUGGAAAGAGAUUCAUGGCCCCACAAUCCCUCCCCAUGUUCAUGGCAGUGAGAGUCAAGUACAGUUUGCUGAGUUUGAGCAGCUCUACAACAAUGGUGUUAGGUCUCAACUUCAACCCACUUUGGAUGGGCCACCACAGAGAGUUCUGUCUAGUUUCUUGCAUGCCUUUGUUGGCAGUAGCCAAGGUGGUAUUCCAUUUCGACCAGUGGCGCUUCCAGCUUUGGGAUUGUCUGAAGGUGACAAACAAUGUAUACGUGAUCGUAGCAGCGUCAUGGCACGCCACUUUUUUGCAGAUAAGAGUGAAGAUUUUAUCAAUGCACAGGUAAAUGCAUUGCUGCAUUCCUUGGAUAUUGAUAAUGAUCUUCGGAUGAAAGGGCAUCUACCUGGAAGAUUCCCAGAGUUGGAAGAAUAUUGGACUGAGUCCCAAGGUGCUUCAAGAUCUGUGGCUACUCGUGUUGCAGAUAGAUGGGUUGGUGAAUAUAAUAGCAUGCAGGGAGCACAUGGCAACCCUGAGUCCUGGGCUGACUCAUUUGAACGACAACAUGGUGCUAAUGGUUGGGCAUCUGAAUUUGACCAGGAACAAUCUCAGAUGGCAUCAAUUGGUCAAAUGGGAGGUGCAAAUGUUGCCAACAUUGCAGCAAUGGAACAGACUCGGAUGCUCGCGCAUACGUUAGCUCAGAAUAGUGACCCCAAAUUUCAGAACUCCAAGUUCCUUCAAUUCGUCUCAAAGAUGAGUCGCGGCGAGCUUAUUAUAGAUGAUAAUCAAGUCAAACCAGCAGUUCGCUCUGUUGAUUGGGUUGAUGAAUAUGCCCAGCAGUACAAUGGGCCAAAUUCUUGGGCUGACCAGUUUGCACGUGAAGAGCUUUCAAAUAGAACCGAUGCAUGGGCGAAUGAGUUUGCUAAUGCGCACCAACAUCCUGAAGCCGUUGAUGACCAGUGGGUCAAUGAGUUCUCCAAGUUGAAUGUUCAGGACUGGGCGGAAGAAUUUGGGCAGCAGGUCAAAGAAGGUGCAUUGGGGGAGAGUUCAGCUGAUGAUUGGUUUAACUCAUAUGAUAAGUUCGUAGAUGAGCAAGUAAUGAUUGCGAAGGAACGGGAUACUUCAAGAUCGGUCUAUCUCUUUUCUGAUAUGAACCCUUAUGUUGGUCAUCCGAAUCCAUUGAAAGAAGGCCAGGAACUCUUUCGUAAAGGGCUUCUAAGUGAAGCUGUGCUGGCUUUAGAGGCUGAGGUACUGAAGAAUCCAGACAAUGCUGAAGGUUGGAGGUUGCUUGGAAUAACACAUGCAGAAAAUGAUGAUGAUCAACAGGCUAUUGCAUCAAUGAUGCGGGCACACGAAGCAGACCCAACAAACCUGGAAGUGCUUCUUGCUCUUGGUGUGAGUCACACUAAUGAGUUGGAGCGAUCAGCAGCAUUGAAGUAUCUUUAUAGCUGGCUUCAGCAUCACUCAAAGUAUGGGGCACUUGCACCGCCAGAGCAGCCUGCUUCUCUAUAUCAUGCUGAUGUCGUUACAUUAUUCAAUGAAGCUGCUCAAAUGUCACCUAAUGAUGCUGAUGUGCAUAUAGUACUUGGCGUCCUGUACAACUUAUCUAGAGAAUACGAUAAAGCUAUUCUAUCCUUCCAAACAGCACUGAAGCUCAAGCCACGUGAUUAUUCUCUCUGGAAUAAACUCGGAGCAACACAAGCAAACAGUGUUCAGAGUUCAGAUGCAAUAUUGGCAUAUCAACAGGCGCUAGAUUUGAAACCCAAUUACGUCCGUGCAUGGGCAAAUAUGGGUAUUAGUUUCGCCAACCAGGGUCUAUAUGAAGAAUCAAUUCGGUACUACGUCAGAGCACUCACAAUGAAUCCCAAGGCAGAUAACGCCUGGCAGUAUUUGAGGAUUUCUCUAAGCUGCGCUUCUCGAGCUGACAUGUUCGGAGCUUGUGAGUCAAGGAAUCUUGACGUCCUCCAGAAAGAGUUCCCACUGUGAUACAAAAGGGUUGGAAUUUAGAGUUUUGCAUGCAUUCCUGGAGGCGUUCGGGUAACAUGUGCUUCCCCAUUGCCAAAGGGGUUAUUCUUUUUGUCCGCAUUUUGAUUCAGGCAAGUGGUUUCCUGGGUUCCAUUCAACCUCUUAGCACUGAUUAAUGAAGGCAAAGCAUAAAUCACAAAGUGGGUUUCCGGGGUUCAUGGAGAUGGUGUUUGGAAGGAGAUUGUGUUCCUGACUUCCAACAGCAGGCGUGUGGAAUAGAUUCUUAACUUUCUUCUUCUUCUUCUUUUUUACUAAACCACAGCAAGAAAAUAUUAGUGGGGUGGGGUUUAGGUCAGCUGUUGGAAAGGAAAUGGGACUCUGUUGCAAACAAGUGUCUGAGAUAAGUGUCAUUUGACGGCACAAGAAAAGCAAUUGAAAAAAUUGCUCUGUAUAAAUCUCUCCCCUUCAGAUUAAUAAAAAGAAAAUAUUGUCUC